UUGGAUGCUAUAUUUAGCUUAGUUUGAGGUUCUAGUGUUACAUAACUCAUGAGUUGUGGUCUAGUUUAUUCUUUUGCUUCUAUCAAAGAUCAUCAUAGACUUGUUUGAGUGAUUUGUAUUUUUCAUUUUUGUUUUGCUGGCUAAGAAUUCAUUUUUGGAAAAUUGCUAUAGAAGUUGUGGCCUAGUUUUAUGUUGCUUCUGUCAGAGCUCUUGAUAAAGUUGUUUGAGUGAUGUGUACUUCACCAAGUGGGCUUUUUAAAUUGAAUUUGGAGUCUUGAUGUAUUUGUCUCUGAUUUUGUUGUUGGAUGCUAUAUUUAGCUUAGUUUGAGGUUCUAGUGUUACAUAACUCAUGAGUUGUGGUCUAGUUUAUUCUUUUGCUUCUAUCAAAGAUCAUCAUAGACUUGUUUGAGUGAUUUGUAUUUUUCAUUUUUGUUUUGCUGGCUAAGAAUUCAUUUUUGGAAAAUUGCUAUAGAAGUUGUGGCCUAGUUUUAUGUUGCUUCUGUCUGAGCUUGUGGUAAGAGUUGUUUGAGUGAUUAGUUAUUCAUCUUUGUUUGUGUGGAAAACAACUCAUGUGUAUGUGUGUACUUUUCUGGAAUUUUGUUACAGAGGAACUAUGUUAUCUGCCAAGUAAUGUACAAGGGUGCUGGCGGAGACAGUUUGUACGGUAAUAACUCCAAUGCGUUAAGCCACUCCACCUUGGUCUCUGACUUGAACACUGACAGAGAGAUUAACACAGCUCCUCAGGUUGAGCAACCAUGGCAGGAUCUCUUUUUUUCUGUGGAUGAUUUGGCAAACCCACUGAACGAGCAGGAUGAUACCUCUCUAUUCAAUCCAGACACGCUUUUCAACGACAACUACUGCCCUUACCAGCAGCCGCAAGCUCCCUCGGAUGAUGAUUAUAUAGAUGAACUGCUGAGUUUUAACGGAGGGAACUAUGAUGAUGUGCUACGCGAUCCAAACAUCACAAUGCACCGCAACGAUCACAGGCCAAAGAAAGCUUUGACAGGGAUCAUUGUUGAUUGUAGCAGUGAUAGCGAUGUUGAAUCCAUAUCUGCAACGAGUUACCAAGAAACAUCAAGUCCAGAUAGCUUUCAUAGUUUAAGUGCACAAUUCCACACUAGUGGAGACGAGAUUCCAUCUUUGAGGAAAGACUCCUGCACAGAUAUAAAACCUCCUGCAGAAACUUCUAUUAAUAGAAAGACCAGGAAAGCUCAUCUCACACGGCGCACGGUGAAAGAAGGCGAGUCUAAAGGCGUUAAUGCAUCCGUGGACAAGAAGUCAUCAUCAUCUAUGGUGAAGACAGAGAAGAAGGGAUGGUUUAUUACAGAGGAAGCAAUGGACAGAAGAAAUCGCAAGAAUCCACCGUAUAUCUAUCUGAUGAACAUGAUCAUAGGGUUCAUCCUCUUGGUUGCUGUCAUUGACAACAUUAUGUCGAUUUUACUAAGCGUCAAAAUUUGAACCUGCUGAUGAAAUUUGAUUGCUGAGGAGAGGCAAAGUAGAUGGAUGGAAGCACUUGUUUUUAUUUGGCUUUUUCUGCUUCUGUUUUUGUUUUGAAUGUGUAAUAAUAUAUAUAUGUGUGUAUCUGUAUGUAUGAGCAAUAGAUUGAAACUCUAUUGUUCUUUCGAACUUAUAUAUCUUACAGGUGUUUCUUGUGCCUUAAGGUAAAAGUGAAAUUUAGUAUUAUAACCUAGUGUAAGGUGCUUCUAUGCUUCAA